AUGGCGCUGUAUAGAGAGGUCAGCGGGCAGUCACUCCUAUUACUGACCGCUGCUGUGACGCUACUGUGGUCAGGUGUCUCCGGACAAAGCUGCCAGAAGACCGGACCCUGCAGUUGUCAGAAUGACCAGGGAACACUGGACUUGACCCCGGUGUCGAACAGCGAUGGAACUCCCCGGUUCAGUUCAGUUGGCACCGAUUCGUACACGUACAACUGGAACCCGUGCACAGACUUUGCUGGUAGUGACGGUCCCACCGGAGGCUGUAUCAGCGUAGCGGCGUGUCAAGUGGACGUCUAUGCUAACGGGUAUCCAUUAGGCAGUCAGAACACCGCCGCCUUCAGCACAGCAGACGACGGCAAGCUACAACUAGUUUAUACGGCGACUGACACAACAGGCACGGCGAGGACGGGCCAUGUUAAACUGGUGUGUGACCAGAAUAAAGAGGGCGACUUCACAGCGUCAGGGGAGGACACCAGCAACCCCACCAACUACUAUAUGACGCUGACGUCCAAAUAUGCUUGUUUCUCUGGAGCUCCGCUAGGCGGAGGCGGGUUAAGCGGCGGGACAAUUCUUAUUAUCAUAGUCUUGGUCCUUGUGGUUGUAUACCUUAUAGCCGGUGUGGCGUAUAACUACAAAGCAAAAGGAAAGUCUGGAGUAGAAUUGCUCCCAAACGUGGAGUUCUGGAAAUCGGUUCCAUAUUCUAUACGGGAUGGCUUCAGGUUUGUUUUGAGUGGAUGUAGGGUGGAAAAAAUGUAUCAGACAAUGUCAUGAGAAUCACAAGGGCUAGGUUCAGAUCAAAGUCAAGAGUCAAAGGUUACCACCUUAAAGGUUGAACUCGUUUUCGCAGUGCUCUAUGACGAAAGAAAACACUAACUGACAACGAAAGUGGAGUGGAUAUUUGACUCAUUGUGAGAUACAUUCUCGUUAAGCUGUAUAUAGACCUAGCCAGUUUACAUAUGAUUCAGCGGUGAUUUUAUACAUCAUAAUCCAUGAUAAAGGUGCUUGUUUUGCGCCGUGCUAAUAAAGCCAACAUAACCCUAAAAUAUUUAUAUAACAUCAUUCUAAGCGUUUUCUUUCCAAAGAAAGCGUCUGAAUUGCUGCUGACUUGUAAAUGACAUCGCUAGUUUUCCUUUUUCCAUUUACCUUUUCUUUCUCCUUUUUCACUGAGAUGCAAUUAUUCUCAAUUUGUUUCGCGAAGAGCAUGAUUUCAAGAGGUUUUGUGCAUUUUGUAUGUCGACGUUGAGAGUCACUUCGGUGUCACGUACUCCAAGCGUAGUGCAGUCUAAGUGCCCUCUUAUAUCAAGAGCUCCCGAGAUAGUAUACAAAAUUGCAGGGUAACAGACUAUUAACGCACCCUGUGAUCAGAGAGUACAGUCUCAGGGUUCGUGAGACAAUUUAAUUUUCAUUUGUCUUAUUGAUAGCAUAUUUUAUUUUAA